UGCUGCUGCCGCUGCUUCUGCUGCUACUUCUGCGCCUGCUGCCUGUGCUGUCUAUGCCGCCACCCUCACGCCCGUCCUUCCCUAUGUGCUAACUGUCUAAUGUACUCUGCUUGCUCUGCCUCCAGGUUGGUGCGCCCUGCUUCCAGCUUCCACUUUCCCUGCUUUUCCACCUCCUCUGCCUCCCACUCUUUCUUCAACCACAACCCUUUCUUCAGCGACCCUACCUACGAUCUUCCUCCUCUCAAAGCUGCCACGCUUGCUGCUAAAUCUGCAGAGUUGGCGGUCUCGGCCUCCAAAAAAAUUGCUCGCGAGCAACAGAUUAAAGAUGAAAUCAAUUGUCUUGCUCGAAGGGCUAUUCUCGAACGAAAACGUCUGAUGGAAAAUUCCGACAAUUUCGAUAAUAGUGCUUCGUCAAUAAAAAAAAGUUACUUCAAAGUCACAAACAAAUACUACAAAAAUCCUACCAGAAUAGUCAGAAGAAUCUCCGCAGAAGAUGCUGAAAGACAUGCUGAGCAUGAAGCCAAAGUACGUGCCAGAAUCUUCAAAAUUUGUGCAGAACAAGUUAGAGCUAAAUAUGCUGCUAUAGACAAUCGAAAAUAUCUUUCUCUGAAAAAGUUCCUUAACAAAUACAGUGGUCCUGUCCCUUUAAAGUAUGCUCAUUAUAAACUCUUAAUGAAGAAAAAUAUGUUUUCGGUUCCGGUUAAAUCCAUAAUAUCAAAGCUUCAGACUCAAAAUCAGCUCUUGCGGCUUGAAGACUAUUUGCACCUAAUCUCGGUUUUGAAUCAAAAGAAAAAAUACCGGCUAAUUGUUAAUCUAUAUACCGCUUAUUCAGCUUUUCCAUACAUUGCUCACAACAUCGAUGUCUUGUCUAUAUCCAUUAAAGCCUUUUACAACGUUGAGGAUUACGACUAUAUCUCAAACGUUUUAUUCUCCUUGUACUCAAAAUUAAAUUUCGAAGAUCUAGACUCAACUAUCAUCUACUAUUGCUUAGAUUCCUUUCUAAUUCUAAGAAAUCCAAACACUUUUAUCACCUUUUAUGCCGUCUUCUUAAAGUCAAACAACUCUUUCAUUUCGGCUAAAACCAAUAAACUUAAAAGAGAUAUCAAUCUUUAUAUAAAAAAAAAUAGGUCGAAUUUUCCUCCUGACUUUUCUCCUCAAAACUCCAUCAAAGAUAUAUCUCAAAAGGUUUUCAAAGCUUACUCAAAAUUAUCAGUCCACAAUAAUUAUGCUCUCAUUUUUAAAUUCUUGAAACUAUCCCCAAAUUUCAGACGUUUCUUUCGCUUAAUUAACAUUAUGCAACCACUUAAUAAUCACUUCAGUCCCUCUACUUUUGCUCUACUUUAUAACUAUUUUCAAAAUUAUUCUCGCCUCAAUGAUAAAAACCAAGAUUUUGAGUCGGCUGAUAUUCCCAAUGACCUAGAAUCAGAAAGGUUAUCUAAAUUAUCUGAAUUGAACGACAUAUUUUUAAAUUUAAUGCCCUCUCCAGUCGAUCAAGCAAUUUAUAAAACUGAAUUGCUAAAAUUCAAACUCACUUCUUUUUUCAGAAAUUCUCCAAAAUUUAACCAAUUAAGAUAUGAUUUAACUCAAGAUCAACUAUCCACCUACAAUAAUAAAGAAUAUGAUUUUUGGGAAAAAGUCCUCUCUAUAAGAGCAAAUAUUUGGGAAAAUUUCAUGUCCACCGAUGAAUGGAAAUUAAUCCAAAAGAAAAAUCAAAAAAAAUUAGCCAAUGUCUUUUCUCAAAAUGCCAAAAAUACUAAACAAAAUAAAAAUAAAAAUAACAACAACAACAGCAGCAACAACAAAACCAAUCAACACAAUCAAAAUGACAACAACAACAAGGUAAUAAUCCCAAGAUAUUCCCCCGUAGAAUUAAACCACUUUUUAGCUGAUAUUCUAUUAUGUUUUGUUGAUCGACUAGAAUUCGAAAAUAUCCAAAGAAUUCUAAAUUUAUUCAAAAAAGAUCAAAUCUACUUUUCUAAAAAAUUCCUAGUUUACAUAUCCUAUUAUUUCAGAAACACCUCAAAUUUUUCUGGUUAUCUUACCUUUCUAAAAAAUUCAACUAACAUAAAAACAAACAUAAACCCAAAUUUAAUACAUCAUCAUCCCUUGACAUUAACUUCGGAUAUUUUCGAUUAUUACUUUAUGAAAUCUAACGUUCCAAAUUUCGAUUUCGAGGUUCUUGUCGGUUUAUACCAAGCUUUUAUUAGAUCUUAUCCUACUUUAGCUUAUCUAAUCACUACUCGUUUGUUGGAAUUCUUUGCAAGAUUAAGAAGGAAAAAUAAAAGCUUUAUAUCCUCUUACGAGAUUAAUAAAUAUGAAAGAAAAUUAAGAAAACAAACUUUUACUCAAAGCAAAACUUCUCUAUUUAAAAAGAAAUCGGCCAUUUAUUAUAACAACUCUCUUAUACGUUCAUUUAGAGAAACAAAAUACAAUGAUGAACUAGAUACAAGUUUUUUUGCUCCACCUCAGACAACUGCCUCAAGUCAAAUUAAAACAUUAAGGGCAACUGAUUUACCUUCCUUUAAAAGAUUGUUGCUUACCAUGAAAGCCUUGCUUGCCAUAAACAGAUCCAAGUCUGCUUUUAAAGUGAUCAAAUUAAUGAAAAAAUUAAAAUAUCUUAAUAAUGAAAAAAAUUUAGAACAACUUGAUUUUGCAUUGUUUCAAGAAAGUACUAACAGGGCGAUUUUUGGUAAAAUAAUGACACUUAACCGGUUUAAUACAGAAAGGGUAAACUGUCCAAUUGAUACAAGGUCAGCAAUACAAAAUCGAAUGUACCAGACAGGAAUCCGUUUAAAUAGAAAGAUGAAAGAUUGGGAAAGAGAAGCAAUUCGGUCAAGAUAUCGGACGUUUUUUAAGAAGAUGCGUAGAAAUUAUAUUGACUCAAAAUUGGAAAUUUUUAAUAUGAGGAGAUUCAGAUCAAGAAUGUGUCUCAUAUUAUCUCGAGAACGCAGGGUUCAGUCUAGUGCAUCUUUAAUAAAGAGAGUAGCGAGAGAUGAAUUUUGGGGCUUGCGAAAAAACUUUUAUGGAAAUCGUUACAGUGCAAAAGAUGAUGUUAUAAAUGAGCUUUAUACUACUUUUGAAAGAAAUUCAGCACAUUUGGAAUUUGUGGGUUAUAUUCGUUAUGCCCGGUUAUUUUUUUUUCAUAAUCAAAUUGAAAAAGCUGAAGAGAUUUUAUUGGACUUAUUGAAAAAUAAUGGUAAUAAAAAAGGCAAAUUUUUAUUGAAAAGAACAGAUAUGUCAAUGAAUGAACAAGCAAAUAUUAAUGCAUAUUAUAUUUUAUUGAUGAAAAUCUUUAUAAAAAAGCUUGAGUUUGAAAAAUUAAGAAACCUAUUUAAAGAAAUUAUAAAAUUCAACAAUCUAGAUAAUGAAGAGUUGUUUUAUAAUAAAAGGAUUACUGAAGAAAAUAAAUAUAAUUUGUGCAUCUCUACAGAUUAUACUUUUAUAAAAGAAAUUAAAAGAAAUGUUUAUAAGUUUUUUUUGGAAACUUUAAAUGAUAUGUUAGUUCAAGAAUAUGGAAAUAACAGAAGCAUUCUCUCCAUAAUGCAAAAAAUAAAAAUUCCACUCUAUGAAGAUUUUUUGGAACAAUUUGGACAACAUAACCCACGAGUGAUUGACCUGAAUAGCAUGCUUUAUAGACAAGAGCAGUUUCACAGGUUCAAAAAGAAAGCAAAGGGAACCAGAUUAUUUUGUGAAUUGGUGAUUAGUGCUAGACUGAGAAGACUGACCAUUGACUGUAGUUUCCAGUCAAGUGGGUUAAAAGACCAUAGUUUCGAUCCAAGUUUGUUAAAAGACUAUGAAAAGCUUCAAAACUUACUCAAGGAGAUUUCAAUAACAAUCAAUUCAUUCAAAGCAUUUCUAAAGCUUCUUUUAGUCUGUUAUGACUUUUCACGAAAAGAAGGCUUUUACUUGCUCAAGGAUAUGAUGAACUUCCUUGAUGAGUGGAUUCUUGUCACAAAGGAAAAUAUUAGUCGAAAGAAUAAAAGGAUGGGUGCAAAAACACCAGUUGAUGACAGAUUCAGUGUUCCUAAUUGUAUUAAUGUUCCAAAAUAGAGACAGACAUAGAGAUAGACAUAGAGAUUGGUCGAGCAAAGCCUGUUCAAUAUUUUGUGCAUCUUCCGACCAAAUAUAAAAGACAGCCUUGUA